UGUGACGUUUCCGGUUCCGUUGAAUCGACACGCCGCAAGAAAUCGACUCCUGAAAUUCCUGCCCUGAACCCUUAGCCGAGCUAAACAGACAAACUAGAAGUGCUUUUUGGGGGUAAUUCCUGACGAUUUAGGGAUGUACUGACGGACGGAGACGAUGAAGAUAAAAGUAUAGCAAUAAGAUGUGCUUGGCCUGGAGGGCAGCAACAGAAGACGGUGAAACUACCGUGGAGGGCAGCAGCAGAAGACGGUGAAACUACCGUGGAGGGCAGCAGCAGAAGACUGUGAAACUACCGUGGAGGGGAGCAGCAGAAGACGGUGAAGCUACCGUGGAGGGCAGCAGCAGAAGACGGUGAAACUACCGUGGAGGGGAGCAGCCGAAGACGGUGAAACUACCGUGGAGGGGAGCAGCCGAAGACGGUGAAACUACCGUGGAGGGGAGCAGCCGAAGACGGUGAAACUACCGUGGAGGGCAGCAGCAGAAGACGGUGAAACUACCGUGGAGGGCAGCAACAGAAGACGGUGAAACUACCGUGGAGGGCAGCAACAGAAGACCUUCUCAUGGCCUGCCAGUCUGUCUCCAUCAUCAACAUGGACGAGCAGGCCCUGCUGGGGCUCAACCCUAAUGCAGACGCCUGCUAUAGGCAGAAGGCGAUGGUGUAUUUUGAGCAGUUGAAGGAGUCCCAGGAUGCCUGGGAGGUGUGUGCAGAGGCCCUGGCUAAAGGCAUUUACAGUGACGACCAUGUGAAGUUCUUCUGUUUCCAAGUCCUGGAGCACCAGAUCAAGUACAGGCAUGGAGGGCUCAGUCCUGCCCAGCAACAGCUGAUCAGAGAAACCCUGAUGAAGUGGCUACAGGGUCAGUUAAUGAACUCCCAACCAGAGAAGCCGUUCAUCCGUAACAAGGCAGCCCAGGUGUUUGCUCUGACCUUCGUGAUGGAGUACCUGACCCACUGGCCCAAGUUCUUCUUCGACCUGCUGUCUCUAGUGGGCCUGAAUCCGCACGGGGUCGACGUCUACCUCAGAACACUGAUGGCUAUCGACGCUGAGGUGGUGGACAGAGACAUCCUGCACUCCCCUGAGGAGGUUCGUAGGAACACAUUAAUAAAGGAUGGUAUGAGGGAGCAGGUCAUCCCCAGCCUGGUUGAGUCCUGGUACCAGAUCCUCGGGGCCUAUCAGCAGUCUCACCCUGAGAUCACUUGUCAAUGUCUGGAGGUAGUGGGGGCAUACGUCUCCUGGAUAGACCUCAACCUCAUCGCCAACGACAGGUUUGUGAACCUGCUGCUGAGUCAGAUGUCUGUGGAGGACCUGAGAGAGGAGGCGUGUGACUGUCUGUUUGAGAUUGUCAAUAAAGGAAUGGACCCGACAGACAAGACCAAGCUGGUGGUCCUCUGUCAGGUCCUGCAGUCGGCUGGCUUCUUCAACGUGGACCAGGAGGAGGAUGUGGACUUCCUGGCUAAGUUCUCCAGGCUGGUGAACGGGAUGGGCCAGUCUCUGGUUCUGAGCUGGACCAAACUGGCCAAGGGGGGCGACGUGAAGGCAGCCGCCGAGGCGCUGCGUGCCCUCGAGACCAAGGUCCCUCUGCUCCUCCAGCUGCUGGUCCACAUCGGGUCCGAGUGGCAGAGUCACAUGCCUCAGGUAGGGAGGAGAGGAGGACAGGAGGCCAUUGAAGAGUCCUGGGACUCAGACAAGUUUCCGCUGCUGACAGACCAACAGAAGACUCACGUUGAGGACAUCAUGUUGGCCGUCAUGAAGAAACUAACUUAUGAUGAAGAGUACAACUUUGACAACGAAGGGGAGGAUGAAGCGAUGUUUGUAGAGUACAGGAAACAGUUGAAGAUGCUGUUGGACCGCCUGGCUCAGGUGUCUCCUGACCUGCUCCUGGAAGCUGUAGGCAGAGUCUUCAACAACACCAUACAGCGUUGGCAGACGGCGUCCUUCAUGGAGGUGGAGGUGGCCAUCAGGCUGCUGUACAUGCUAGGAGAGGCUCUGCCUGCGUCUCACGGAGCUCACUUCUCUGGCGACACGGCCAAGACCUCCGCCCUGCAGGACAUGAUGAGAACGCUGGUCUCCUCUGGUCUCAGUGGUUACCGACACACGUCUGUGUCGCUGGAGUUCUUCGAGACGGUGGUCUUACGCAAGUUCUUCCUGGUUGAACCUCAGCACAUUCCCAACGUCCUGAUGUCCUUUCUGGACCAUCGGGGUCUGAGACACAGCAGUCCUAAGGUCCGUAGCAGAGUGGCCUACCUCUUCUCACGGUUCGUCAAGACACUGCAUAAACACAUGAACUCCUUCAUUGAAGACAUCCUGUCCAGGAUACAGGACCUGCUGGAGCUAGCUCCUCCUGAGAACGGUUUCCCUGCGCUGCUGACCAGCGAUGACCAGCUGUUUAUAUUUGAGACGGCGGGGGUGUUGAUCGUCCACGGAGAGAGUCCCGCGGAGAGGAAGCAGGCUCUGAUGAGAUCCCUGCUGACCCCGUUGACCGACGCCUUCCGUCUGCUGCUGGCCAAACUGGCCUCUGAGAGGGAGGAGGAGAGGCAGGCUGCGCUGGCCGACUGUCUGAGUCACGCUGUUGGCUUCGCUAGUCGUACCAGUAAGGCGUUCAGCAACAAGCAGACAGUGAAGCAGUGUGGAUGUACUGAAGUCUACAGAGACUGUCUGCAGAGCUUCCUGCCUGCACUGAGCUGUCCUGUCCAGAGGGGGUCUCUGCGUAGCGCUGUCCGCUCCUUCCUGCACCGCAUGAUCAUCUGUCUCGAAGAAGAGGUCCUGCCCUUCGUCCCUGCGGCAUCGGAGCACAUGCUGAAGGACUGCGAGGCCAAGGACCUUCAGGAGUUUAUACCCCUCAUCAGUCAGAUCACCGCUAAGUUCAAGGACCAGGUGUCUCCGUUCCUGCAGCAGGUGUUCAUGCCUCUGGUCCUGGCCAUCUUUGAAGUGUUGUGUCGACCUGCUGAGGACAACGACCAGGCAGCAGCUCUGGAGAAACACAUGUUACGUAGAAGCUACUUCACCUUCAUACAGACGAUAACCUCCAGUGGGAUGAACGAAGUCCUGGCCAACCAGGGUGUUGAGAACGUAGAGCGGGUUCUGUUCACCAUCAUCCAGGGAGCUGUCGACUUCCCCGACCCCAUCGCCCAGAAGACCUGCUUCAUCAUCUUGUCCAAGCUGGUGGAACUCUGGGGAGGUAAAGACGGUAUGGCUGGUUUCCCAGACUUCAUGUAUAAACACAUCGUCCCAGCAUGCUUCCUGGCUCCUCUCAAACCAUCCUUUGAUCUCACAGACGCUCAGACCGUCCUGACGUUGUCAGAGUGUGCUCUGACGUUGAAAAUGAUUCAUCUCAGAAGGGGUCCGGAGUUUAUCCAGUACCUUCAACAGGAGUACCUCCCUUCUCUACAGGUGUCACCUGACAUCGCACAGGAAGUGUGCCAAGUGCUUCAGCAGCCAGACGCCAAGGUCCUCAAAAACUACAUGAAGGCUUUCUUUCAGCGAGCCAAACUGUAAAUACGAACCGAGCUGGAAGGAUUGAGAGAGGACACUGGAAACUAAGAGAAGACUGGUAGUGAGAUAGUACCACUCACUACGGACAGCCGGACAGAGAGAGAGACGGACGGAGAGUUUAGCAUAGGAGCGGCCUUAGCACUUCUGAAGGUAACUGCAUAACCCCGCCCAUCCUGUCCACGUGGGAGGGAACGGAGCCAAGACACAAGGACACGAGUGGUCAAGGAGGCUGACCACACCCCCCUCCACUGAUCCAGGCCCAAUCCAGGACCUGCUCUCCAUCUGGGGUGGCACCCUGGUCAAGUGAAGAUGUGAUUGGUUGGAUUCUCUGCAAGACAGGAAGUAAACUAGAGCAUUAGAGGAAGGCUUAUGGAACGAGGCUUCCAUAGUAGAAUACCAAGUAUCCUUUAACAGGCCUGAGGUCUGUCUGUUGGUAAUGAUCCUUUAACAGGCCUGAGGUCUGUCUGUUGGUAAUGAUCCUUUAACAGGCCUGAGGUCUGUCUGUUGGUAAUGAUCCUUUAACAGGCCUGAGGUCUGUCUGUUGGUAAUGAUCCUUUAACAGGCCUGAGGUCUGUCUGUUGGUAAUGAUCCUUUAACAGGCCUGAGGUCUGUCUGUUCGUAAUGAUCCAACAAUGACCUGAACACAAUCUAACGAUUAGGAUUUUUUUGUUUAUAAAAAAAAUGUAUUUAAAAAAAAAAAAAAAAAAUUCGUUUUCAAGAUGUCUUUCAUUUGAGUGGUUGAACGUGGAGGUUUUGUUUCUCUUUGCCCUGUGAAUGAAUUGAUGGACUAAAUAAAAGGCUUGACAGAU